AGACUUGUUUCAAAAACAAACUCAACAGUUUUGUAGAACUUGAAAUUCUCUAUCUUUUGGUAUAUUAGGGCAUAUUUUUCAUAGAUGAAAAAUGAGAGAAAAAUGCAUCAGAAUUUAGUGCAAUUUACCUUGGAUCACCCGUUAUACCAGUUUCAUGUGACAUCUAAUGCGCCUUCUCUUGAAGAUUAACUUGAAUAUUACUGUAAAUAGCAUAUGUGCCAAGAAGACAACAGAGAAACAAUUGCGUAAAAGACAAACGUAGAACAAAGACAGAAUCGGUUAGUUUACGAUGACAAGGAAAAGGACCAGUUAUUGAACAUUUCGCUUCUGUAUGUUCUAUGCCAAUCUCAGAAUAUAAUAUUAGGAUUCCAGCCAACAAUAUCGCAGACGCUCAUGCUUCGCUUCCAUUAUUUUAUGUUUCUAUCCAAGAGGUUGAAAACGUUAUAUCUAGAUUAGAUAUCAAUAAAGCAACCGCAUCCGGCGUGAAUAAUCGUUUGUUGCGCGAGUCUUCGGCCUUUGACAAAGUCUGUGAGAAAGGCUUACUGUAUAAAUUAAGGAAAAAGGGAGUUUGCGCCGAACUGGUUGAAUGGUUCGAAGAUUACUUACUUAAUCGUCAAAUCACAACAGUAGUUGAUGGGAAAAAAUCAAAUCCAAUUCGAAUUAACUGUGGUAUCCCUCAAGGUUCUGAGCAUCGUAUAAACGGUAAAAAAUUUGCUGGUGAAGUUCAUUUUGUACACCAAAAUCCUUUAACAAAUCAGUCAGCUGUCUUAUGCUUUUUUAUCGUUGAAUCUGAAGUGGAAGAUACACCAUGGCGUAUAUAUGUUAAUAAAGCUAUAACGUUAAAUUCAACCGGUUAUCAAACAGCCUUUGAAGGAAAUUUGUCAGCAUUAAUGUAUGCACACAAGAAUACCUUUGCUGAUUUUUGGCGAUACGAUGGAAGGUAUGUGAAUGACUAA